UUCUAGAGUUUGUGGAGCGUGAUGGGCGUACCGGAAAAGGAUCUCCGAUUCAUUGUCUGUUAAUGUGAGCUAGCGGCAUACAACAAAACCGCCAUGGCCCGCCCUACAUGAUAGCUUCUGUCACCGGGUCCCAUUACACUCUCCGAACAAUUCCGACGGCGACGCCUCUUAGCUCAAUAUCGAUCGCGUUUCUUCAGCCACCAAUUUUCUUCCACGUGAUUUUAUUAAUCCCGUUGCUCCUUUUUAGGAAUAACGUCGAACACCUUGUGCUCCUUCUGUUUUAGGAUCUUUUUUUUUCCUGUUUUUGAUUGGACUUUAGAGGUGAUCGAUGGAGAGCUCAAUUUGUCGGUCCACGGUUCCCCUCCUCGCAUGUCGGCCCAGAAAAUCCGUCCAGUCCGGAGGUUCGGCUGAUUCUCUGAUUGGAUUUCGUAGGAUUUUGGGUGAUGAUAUCGGGAGGCUGUCUCUACGGCGUGGCCGUAUUAGACAGCAUAUUUGCAGGAUCGAACGUGUGAAAGCUACGGGUAAAAGCUCCGCCGGGGGAGAUGCCGGGAAUGGAGAAGAUGAAGAAGAAGAAGAAGAAGAGGAUGCUCUGCAGGCUACGAUUAAAAAGAGCCAGAAGGUACUGGCCAUGCAGAAGGACUUACUCCGACAGAUUGCUGAAAGAAAGGAAUUAGUGUCUAAAAUAAGAAGUGGCAUUUUAGACUCAGAAGGCAGUGAUGAAGAUGGGAACGGCAGUUUUCCAAAGGUAGAAUUGGCUCCAACAAGUGAUGAUGCUAAGGAAGAUUCCAAUGGAGUGUUAUCAACAAUGAGUGUUCAAUCUACUGCUGAUAUGAAAGAUUUUGGUGAAAGUGCUCAAAUAGGCAUAAAAGACCUGCCUCUUAGGGAGGGAUCCUUGGAUGUAGAUUCAGACAAAAAAGUUAAAAAUGGCACAGUGAAUACGGUUCUGCCUAAUGAAAAGCCUACUGUUCUAUCAAGAUCAUCCGUUGUUCCAACUCAACAGACUUCUUUGGCACAGAAAUCUUAUAAACCAGAAAACACUACUUCAGAAGUUGCUAAAUCUGCCAGAGUGGAACCCCUCAGCAUGCAUUCCAAAAAAGAUUUGAAAGACUCUUAUACAGGGAAAAGUUUAUCCAAUGUGCCCACAUUCCUCUCAAAAUCUUCUGCUUCAUCUACUCCUGUGGAAGAGAAACAUGAAGAUCUUAGAGAAUCAAGUGCAAAGGAGAUACAUAAUGGCACUGAAGAUUCUGUGAAUGAAGACUUGAAACCUCCUCCAUUGGCAGGGACAAAUGUUAUGAACAUAGUAUUAGUUGCCGCAGAAUGUGCUCCAUGGUGUAAAACAGGUGGGCUUGGAGAUGUUGCUGGCGCACUGCCCAAGGCUUUGGCUCGGCGUGGACACAGAGUUAUGGUUGUGGUACCUCGUUAUGGUAAUUAUGCUGAACCUCAAGAUACUGGAGUUCGAAAAAAAUAUGCAGUUGAUGGUUGGGAUGUGGAAGUGGGUUACUUCCAAGCCUAUAUUGAUGGUGUGGAUUUUGUCUUCAUUGAUAGUCCUAUGUUUCACCAUAUUGAAAACAACAUAUAUGGAGGAAAUCGUGUGGACAUUUUAAAGCGCAUGGUUUUAUUUUGCAAAGCAGCUGUUGAGGCUCCUUGGCAUGUUCCUUGUGGUGGUGUUUGCUAUGGAGAUGGAAAUUUAGCAUUCAUUGCCAAUGAUUGGCACACUGCAUUGCUGCCAGUGUAUCUCAAAGCAUAUUACCGUGACCGUGGCCUGAUGGAAUAUGCAAGAUCUGUGCUUGUUAUUCAUAACAUAGCUCACCAGGGUCGUGGGCCUAUGGAUGAUUUUUCCUAUGUGGAUCUGCCACCUGAAUAUGCAGACCUUUUCAGGUUGUAUGAUCCAGUAGGAGGUGACCAUUUCAACAUAUUUGCAGCAGGUCUCAAGAUGGCUGAUCGUGUGCUUACCGUGAGUCAUGGAUAUUCCUGGGAACUUAAAACCUCGGAAGGUGGGUGGGGUUUGCACGGGAUAAUAAAUGAAAACGAAUGGAAACUGCGUGGCAUUGUCAAUGGGAUUGAUACGGAAGAGUGGAACCCACUGCUGGAUGUUCACUUGAAGUCUGAUGGUUAUGUUAACUAUUCCCUGGAGACAUUGCAGACUGGUAAACCUAAAUGCAAAGCAGCACUGCAAAAGGAACUCGGUUUGCCUGUGCGCCCAGAUGUCCCGCUGAUUGGUUUCAUUGGGAGGCUUGAUCACCAGAAAGGCGUUGAUCUGAUAGCUGAGGCAAUCCCUUGGAUGAUGGGCGAGGACGUGCAGCUGGUUAUGUUGGGCACAGGCAGGCCCGACCUAGAACAGAUGCUCAGGCAGUUUGAGUGUCAGCACAACGACAAAGUCAGAGGAUGGGUGGGGUUCUCUGUAGCGACUGCACACCGUAUAACUGCUGGUGCAGACAUUCUGCUUAUGCCAUCAAGAUUUGAGCCUUGUGGACUAAACCAACUGUAUGCUAUGUCCUAUGGCACUAUCCCCGUCGUCCAUGCUGUGGGUGGGCUACGAGAUACAGUCCAACCCUUCGAUCCUUUUAAUGAGACAGGACUCGGGUGGACAUUCAAUACGGCCGAGGCAGGGCAGCUGAUCCACGCAUUGGGGAAUUGCUUGCUGACAUAUCGUCAGUACAAGACGAGCUGGGAGGGCCUGCAAAAGCGCGGGAUGAUGCAAGACUUAAGCUGGGAUCAUGCUGCUCAGAAUUAUGAAGAAGUUCUUGUGGCUGCUAAGUAUCAGUGGUAAGGCUAAGGCUUUGCAUUCAGGAAAUAAGAAUGUAGUGUCUGAAAUUUUGAAAACUCAGAUGGUAAAUAUAGUACAAGAAAGAAACGAUUUUAACUUAGCAGAAA